AGUCUUACAGAAACAACUCGUGUAAAAUAUGAACACAUCCGAACACACCGAUAGGAUCACCCCCCUCCGAGAACUAUAAAUCACACCUGGCCGGACACCGUGGCGCACACCACUUGCGACUUCGUGGUGGUUGCUUGUGCUCCAGCGCGGCGUCGGAGUUGGAGCCCAGCGCGCGGCGCAUCGCAGAUCGCACGUCUUCGCGCGACGCGGCCGCCGCCGUCACUUCACACCAGCUGCAUGGCCGGCGCCCCGGCCGUGGCCGCAUCUGGCUUGCUGGCGCGCGAGCGGCGCAAGAGUCCGAAGGCCAAGAAGAUGGCGGCAAAGGCGCCGGUUGCGGCGAAGACGCCGGCGUGGGUUGCGACCAGCUCGCCGGCCUCGUCAAUCUUUCGAAGGUAGUAGCGGGAUGGCUUGCACUGGCUAUACCAGGCGCUGUCUGCAGUACAGACGGAGCCAGCUUCACAACAGGUGGCGCCAGUCCAGGAGUUGCCGCCGCACUGCGCCCAAGUAUGCUGACAGAUGGUAGGGCCGCCAGGAGCAGGGUGAGGUGUGGCCCACCAGUCGCCCGAGUGGUGGUUGCCGCCAGCGGUUCCGCAGCCACCCCAGCUGCACCCUUGCGCCUGCCAGUCGCCCGUGUGGUG